CCCGCGCCCUCCCCUUCACGCCCCGCGGCGCACUCGCGGGCAGUCCCCGCGCGGGCCGGGCCGGCGUCCCCUCUGCCUCGCUCGCCCGCGUCGCCCCGGACCCCGGGGGAUGCCCCCGUCCGGGCGCUCCCAUGGCCGCCGACGUCUUCAUGUGCUCCCCGCGUCGGCCUAGCAGCCAGAGCCGCCCGGUGCUGCUCAAACCCCCGGUGCCUGAGGACGACGACGACUCCGACACUGAUGAGCCGUCCCCGCCGCCCGCCUCCGGCGCCGCCAACCCGGCCCGGGCCCACGCGAGCGCCGCUCCGCCGCCGCCCUGGGCCGGGCCGGGCCGCGAGGAGCCUCCGCGCCGCCAGCAGAUCAUCCACAGCGGCCACUUCAUGGUGUCGUCGCCGCACCGCGAGCACCCGCCCAAGAAGGGCUACGAUUUCGACACGGUCAACAAGCAGACGUGCCAGACCUACAGCUUCGGAAAGACCAGCUCCUGCCACCUGUCCAUCGACGCCUCGCUCACCAAGCUCUUCGAGUGCAUGACCCUGGCUUAUAGCGGGAAGCUGGUGUCCCCAAAGUGGAAGAAUUUCAAGGGCCUAAAGCUGCAGUGGAGGGACAAGAUCCGGCUCAACAACGCCAUCUGGCGGGCGUGGUACAUCCAGUAUCUGGAGAAGCACAGCAACCCCGUGUGCCACUUCGUGACCCCGCUGGACGGCUCCGUGGAGGUGGACGAGCACCGGCGGCCGGAGGCCAUCACCACGGAGGGGAAGUACUGGAAGAGCCGCAUCGAGGUCGUGAUCCGGGAGUACCACAAGUGGAGGACCUACUUCAAGAAGAGGUUGCAGCAGCACAAGGAUGAGGACCUCUCCAGCCUGGCCCAGGAUGACGACAUGCUGUACUGGAGCAAACACGGGGAUGGGUGGAAGACCCCUGUCCCGAUGGAGGAGGACCCGCUGCUGGACACGGAGAUGCUCAUGUCGGAGUUCAGCGACACGCUCUUCUCCACGCUGUCGUCACACCCGCCGGUGGCCUGGCCCAACCCCCGGGAGAUAGCACACCUGGGGAACGCGGACAUGAUCCAGCCGGGGCUCAUCCCGCUGCAGCCCAACCUGGACUUCAUGGACACCUUCGAGCCCUUCCAGGACCUGUUCUCCUCCAGCCGCUCCAUCUUCGGCUCCAUGCUGCCGGCGCCCGCCUCGGCCCCCGCCCCGGACCCCAGCAGCCCGCCUGCUCAGGAGAGCAUCCUGCCCCCCGCCGCCCUCCCCACCGUGAGCCUCCCCGACAGCCUCAUCGUGGCCCCCGCCGUCGCCGCCGCGCUGGACCCUGCGGACAGGCCGGGCUGCGACGGCGCCUCCCAGCCCAGGGACCCCUUCGUGCCGCCCACGGACUUUGGGCCCCCCGCGGCCCCGCAGCCUUUCCACCCCGUGUUCCCUGUGCCGGUGCUCGCGCCCAGUCCCGCCCCGCCGCCCGCCGCCCCUGCGGUGCCGCUGGUCCCCCCGCCUGCCACGGCCCUGAGCCCCCCGGCCCCACCCGCCUUCCUGCAGCCGCAGAAGUUUGCCGGAGCCGGCAAGCCCCCCGCUGUGGCCACCCACACGGCCUCCGCCACCCUGCCGCAGAGCGCCUCUGCCACCACCUUCCACGCCAGCCAGGGCCUGGUCAUCGCCGCGCCCUCGGCGCCCGCCCACGGCCUGGCGCUGUCCCCGCUCACCCAGCCGCCGGCUGUCCGGCCUCCCCAACCCCGCUCAACUUUUGCGCACCCCAAACCCGUGUCCCUGGCUGGAGGGAGGUCCAAGCAGCCCCCCAAAAUAGUGCCUGCUCCCAAGCCGGAGCCCGUGUCCCUGGUCCUGAACAACGCAUGCAUCCCCCAAGCUGCCUUCGCGGGACAGCCGCCCACGGUGAUCAUGACGGGCCCUCUGAAGCAGGAAGGGAUGCUGGCCUCCGCCGUGCCCCAGUCCAACGUGGUCAUCACGCCUGCGCCCAUCGCCCGGGCUGCUGGAGUCGCCGAGUUCCACGGCAGCAUCCUGGUGACGGACCUGGGCCACGCCGCCAGCAGCCAGCCCGCCCCCGUCUCCCGGCUCUUCUCCCCGGGCCCCGGGCCAGACGCCCUGGUGAAGGACGAGCAGGCCCCGCUGCGUGGCGGCAGUCCCCAGGUCCCAGUUCCCGCCGCGGUGUCUGGCCGGGACGGCGCGAGCUCAGGGCAGGCCUCGCCGUGCGCGUCGGAGCACAGCCCCAGCCCCCAGUCCCCCCAGAACAACUGCUCAGGGAAAUGCUCCGCAGACCCCAAGAACGCGGCCGUGCUGAAGAACCGGCAGAUGAAGCACAUCUCGGCGGAGCAGAAGCGGCGCUUCAACAUCAAGAUGGGCUUCGACACCCUCAACGGCCUCAUCUCCAACAACUCCAAGCUGACCAGCCACGCCAUCACGCUGCAGAAGACGGUAGAGUACAUCACCAAGCUGCAGCAGGAGCGCGGCCAGAUGCAGGAGGAGGCGCGGCGGCUGCGGGACGAGGUCGAGGUGCUCAACGCCACCAUCAUCUCCUGCCAGCAGCUGCUGCCAGCCACAGGGGUCCCCGUUGCCCGGUGCCAGUGCGACCACAUGACAGACAUGUUCAACGAGUACGUGAAGAGCCGGACUCUGCAGAACUGGAAGUUCUGGAUUUUCAGCAUCAUCAUCAAGCCGCUGUUUGAGUCCUUCAAGGGGGCGGUGUCCACCAGCAGCCUGGAGGAGCUGCACCGGACCACGCUGUCCUGGCUGGACCGGCACUGCUCCCUGCCCGUCCUCAGGCCGACCGUGCUGAGCACCCUGCGCCGCCUGAGCACCACCACCUCCAUUCUGACGGACCCGUCCCAGCUGCCCGAGCAGGCGGCGCAGGCCGUCACCAGGAUCGGCCAGAGGCCGGGGGAGACUUAGCCGCGCUGGGGCGGUGCGCGCGCACAGGACGUCGCAGAGACCUCCCUGCCUGUGGAGCGGAGGCUGCCCCCGCGCCUCUCCGGAUGCGGAGCCUCGGGGCUGCCCUCCGACGCCGCCCGCCCAGCCGGCCGCGGGCGCCACGCUCAGGUCUGAAGCAGGUUCGGGUCCUGCCGGCAGCAGUAGCCCGUCCUCGGAGCCCCGUGCUGUAAUCUGCCCCUCG